GUUUUACAAAAAUGUUAGCUGAGUUGUCUUAGAGAACGGACACGCAGCAGCCGUGUGUCCUUCCCGGCGUUUCAUCCCCGUAUCUGCCACUGCCACCUCAUUAGGCAAAUGACAGUAUAAACACUUCCACUCCCCAGGUAUAAUCUAAACCCAGCCGUAUUUUCCCCAGAAACCCUUCAAUCGUCAUUCUAUCAUCGCCAUCGUCGUCGUCAUAGUCGUCAUCUUCAUCUUCUAUCUUCAGCCCCAGCCACUCUCAUCCUCGGUUCUCAAAUGGAUCCAGCCCUUCCAAUUGUGGUGCUUUCGGUCUUUCUCGGUGCCUUAAUCGCCCUGGUCUUCUUUGGAAGCUACCUACGCAAGCGAAGAUCAGAAGUCCAAUCGAUAUCCAAAGCAGAGCCUCAGUCAGAUCCAAAAAAGAGACCUUCGAAGCCUCCCCAGACUGUUGGCAAGAAGUCUCACCCAAAAGCUCACUCACAUGCUUCCGAUAAGGAUCAAAACAAGCGGCAUCAUCCUUUGGAUGUGAAUACUUUGAAAGGUCACGGAGAUGCAGUGACGUGGCUAUGCUUCUCCUCCGACGGCCGUAGUUUAGCGACAGCUUGUGCAGAUGGAGUGAUCAGAGUAUUUAAAUUGGAUGAUGCUUCAAGCAAAAGUUUCAAAUUUAUGAGAUUUAGUUUGCCUGCUGGAGGUCAUCCAAUGGCAGUCGCAUUUACUGAUGAUGCGUCUUCUAUCGUUGUGGCUUCGCAAACUCUGUCUGGUUCUUCCUUGUACAUGUAUGGAGAAGAAAAACCCAAAACUUCUAAUGAAACUAAGCAGCAAGCGAAGCUUCCUCUCCCAGAAGUUAAAUGGGUCCAUCAUAAAGUCCAUGAAAAUAGAGGUAUAAUCACCUUAUAUGGAACGACUGCAAAUUAUGGCAGUGCUGAUGGGAGUACAAUAAUUGCUUCUUGUUCAGAAGGUACUGACAUUAUCCUUUGGCAUGGAAAAACUGGCAAGAUCUUGGGUAAUGUUGACACAAAUCAAUUGAAAAACACCAUGGCUGCUGUAUCACCAAAUGGACGGUUCAUUGCAGCAGCAGCUUUUACAGCUGACGUGAAGGUUUGGGAGAUUGUGUAUUCAAAGGACGGUUCAGUCAAGGAGGUUUCAAAAGUUAUGCAGCUUAAAGGGCACAAGAGUGCAGUAACUUGGUUAUGCUUUGAUCCAAACUCGGAGAAAAUCAUUACAGCAUCAAAAGAUGGUUCAAUGAGACUUUGGAAUAUCAAUGUUCGGUAUCAUCUUGAUGAGGAUCCAAAAACUCUGAAGGUGUUUUCAAUUCCACUUCAUGAUUCAAAUGGUGCUACUUUGCAUUAUGACCGUCUCAGCCUAUCGCCUGAUGGAAAGAUACUGGCAGCAGCCCAUGGUUCAACAUUGCAAUGGUUAUGUGCUGAAACUGGAAAGGUUUUGGAGACAGCUGAAAAAGCCCAUGACGGUGAUAUCUCAUGCAUUUCGUGGGCACCCAAGACCAUUCCCUUGGGUGAUGCUCAAGUCUUGGUCUUAGCUACAGCAAGUGUCGACAAGAAGGUAAAGCUGUGGGCAUCUCCACAGCUCCCGUUGUCAUCGUAGAUAGGGAGUACCGUAGAGUAAUCUUAUAACUAGGAGUACCGUGGAGUAAUCUUAUAACUACACUUUUACAGUCUUGAUACACCUUUUAUCCCCCCAAGUUAGUCUUUUCCGAUUGAUGAAACCCAACCCGCAUAUGUGAUAGAGAGCUACAAACGUGGAAUAGCUGGGGCUUAGGAAUCAAACUGAUAAAGCAAAGCAGUUGUCAACUGGGAUGGCCGGAGUUUAGUCUUUUUCACUCUUAUUUUAUAUAUAUAUAUAUAUUUGGAGGGAGACUUUACUGAGAGUUUGUUCAUUAUAAAUUUUCAUGUGGAUUUGGAGAUUGAUUGGUAUUACUUAAAAAAGUUUCUGUAACUGCCUUCGUAUUUUUGUCGAUGUUUGAAUACGCACCAAGGAUUGUUUUUGAUGAACCCGCAUAUGUUAUCGGAGAGCUCCAAACGUGGAGUACGUAGGGCUUAAGAAUCAAAAUGAGAAAGCAGUGUCAUACUUUUGUAAAUGUUUGAACAUGUACAAGGAUUGUACUGGAGAUUGAUUUUCUUGUAACUUUCUAUUGCAUUCAUUGUUGCAAAAUGGAUGAAAAUUUUGGUUUUUGCCAAUGUUUACACCAAAAAAGUGGCACCCCGAAUUGUUUUUGGAAAGUUAGUAUAACUCGCCCACCGUGGGGCUCGAACCCAAGACCAUUCCCUUGGGUGAUGCUCAAGUCUUGGUCUUAGCUACAGCAAGUGUCGACAAGAAGGUAAAGCUGUGGGCAUCUCCACAGCUCCCGUUGUCAUCGUAGAUAGGGAGUACCGUAGAGUAAUCUUAUAACUAGGAGUACCGUGGAGUAAUCUUAUAACUACACUUUUACAGUCUUGAUACACCUUUUAUCCCCCCAAGUUAGUCUUUUCCGAUUGAUGAAACCCAACCCGCAUAUGUGAUAGAGAGCUACAAACGUGGAAUAGCUGGGGCUUAGGAAUCAAACUGAUAAAGCAAAGCAGUUGUCAACUGGGAUGGCCGGAGUUUAGUCUUUUUCACUCUUAUUUUAUAUAUAUAUAUAUAUUUGGAGGGAGACUUUACUGAGAGUUUGUUCAUUAUAAAUUUUCAUGUGGAUUUGGAGAUUGAUUGGUAUUACUUAAAAAAGUUUCUGUAACUGCCUUCGUAUUUUUGUCGAUGUUUGAAUACGCACCAAGGAUUGUUUUUGAUGAACCCGCAUAUGUUAUCGGAGAGCUCCAAACGUGGAGUACGUAGGGCUUAAGAAUCAAAAUGAGAAAGCAGUGUCAUACUUUUGUAAAUGUUUGAACAUGUACAAGGAUUGUACUGGAGAUUGAUUUUCUUGUAACUUUCUAUUGCAUUCAUUGUUGCAAAAUGGAUGAAAAUUUUGGUUUU